AUGAUCCUUCGCGACGGGGUCAGACGAUUCUGGACCCGCACGCGAAUAGCUGGCGCCUCCCUGGUACUGGCCGGGGGGAUUCUCAUCGGGGUGGGCGGUGCCUACUACGGUUACGCUAGCAGCGCUCGCUCCGACUUGGACAAGUACAACGUGUCCGCGGCUGAACUCGUGCCGGUUCUGGUUAACCGGCAGCCCGCGCCUGCGCCCAUAUUGUCCAUUCCCUCCAUUAUUCCGGAAUUAUCUUUAUAUUCCGGUUAUUCCGGGUUUGACCCGUCGGCAGUUGAAAACGUCCUGCCCGAUGGAUUUGUCCUUAUCGACUUCACCGAUGAGAAUGCUCUGUCCCCGGUAGCUGCGGCUACCAGCAUCAGCAUCCCCGACUUGGAGAUUCAGGCCUCUGUGAUGGAGCUGUCCAUUCAGGACCUGGGCGACCGCCGGGCUUACGAGACUCCCGACUCCGCGGUGGGACACAUCCCUGAAACCCUUGAUGCCGGCGAAAAUGGCGACGGCUGGUAUUUCGGUCACAUGGAGAGUCCGCUGAUGGGAGAGGGUUCGGUGUUUCGCAACCUCCACCUUAUACCCGAAUUGCUGACCAAUGGUGAGGAAGUACAGAUCUUUACAGACAACGGAACGGAGCAAUUCCUGUACCAAGUUACCGCUACGCGGGUUGUGCACGAGGACGACAUUACUCUCGAUGGAGACGGAAGUCCCAGCAUUCACCUGGUAUCCUGUUUCCCACGCCUGGUCUACGACCACAGACUCAUCGUGGACGCUACGCUGAUCGCGAGGAAGACAAGCAGCUAG